ACCACAAAAUACGAACCUGCCACCUGUGGGUGAAAUAUCCUCCACCACUCCCGCGUGACGGUUAAGUUAAGGAAGAAGAAGCAAUGGCGCUGUCUCAGUGCCUGGAAGACUCGCCGUUUAGGGAGCACAAAGUGCAGCCGAACGUACAGGAGGUGUACAAUGAGAGACACCGGCUCGCCUUAGAGGAGUUACUGUCCGGCGGAGUCGACAACUUUCUGGACUUCCUCAGGAAAGAGGACAUUGCCAACUUCCUGUCGGACGAGGAGAUCCAGCGGAUCCGGAGCGCCGCCGUGGCCCCGCGCUGCGUGUCGUUCCUCGGCGAGGACCUGCAGGCGCUGGAGCGGUCUCUCAGCAGCUCAAUGGACUGUUUGUCAGUCACUUAUUUCCCCGAGGUGUCGGACGUGGAGCCGCCGCCACUAGAGAUCGGCUGGCCCGCCUUCACUACUGGCUCUUACCGGGGAGUCACCAGGGCCGUGGCACACUUCCAGCCCAGUUAUGGGGAUAGCAUUUACGCCUGUAAGGAGGCUGUGAGGAGAAUGAUCGACAAUGCCAGAGAGGUGAUUGCCAUAGUUACAGACUCCCUGACAGACCUGGAUAUCUUUAAGGAUCUUCAAGAGGCAUGUUCUGUCCGCAAAAUCCCCGUUUACAUUCUGCUGGAUCAUUCCAGCUGCCCCGCUUUCCUCAAGAUGUGCAGAAACAUUGGCGUGUGCUUGGAUGACCUGCAGCAAAUGAGAGUGCGAACCAUAACCGGUACGACUUAUUACACAAGAUCGGGAGCGAGAAUUACUGGGAGCGUUCACGAGCGCUUCAUGCUCGUUGAUGGCAUCCGAGCAGCAACAGGUUCAUACAGGUUUAACUGGACCGAUGGCAAAUUAAACAGCAGCAACCUGAUAGAGCUUUCUGGUCAGAUAACAGAGAAAUUUGAUGAAGAGUUCCGGAUUCUUUAUGCGCAGUCUCUACCCAUAAGCACCCGGGGACCUCCAAGUGUCCGAAACAGUGGGAUCUUCGAGCACAAACAUACGCUCACAUCCUCACCAUUCCCAAGGAGGGAGAGACCAGUGGAGAUGUUGUGUGUGACCAGCACACCGGGCCGUAAGCCGCCUUGUGAGGCUUCGGCUCCAGAAGUGGCUCAAAAAGGCAGCGCCGCUUCGGACACGUCUACUCUGGGUGAUGACUGGUUGGAGCAGAAGCACAUGCAAGAAGAAGUGUUUGCUGGUGCUUUGUGUUCCCCAACAGAGCGGCUUAUGGAAAGAGAGCUAACCACCCCGAACGUAGCGUCCUGCCACGUGGCCUCUCAGACGAGCAUGUCGGUGGCAGACGGCGACACGCAGACCGACCUCGUACGGAACCCUGACCUCGCCCGAUCCGUCAGCACCCGCAGCCAGAAGCGGACAACCUCUCCCAGCCAGACAGCUGCAGCUGACACCCUGAAGGACUGUCUUCAUAAUCUAACAAAAGAGCGCCAGCACCACUACUCCGCUAUCCGCUCCAAGCUAGAGCACAUGAUGGCUAGCCUAUCCCAACGGCGAGAGCUAGCAGACAUCAGCGCAAUGACUCACGGUCGACACAAAGAUACCCUGUGGACAUACCCAAGACUGGUUGCUAAAGAAGCCAUGGUCACAUGGCCAGAAGCCAGAUGUGUUCUCUAGUCUGACUUGUUUUUCCAUGCAAGGGUAAUGCUAGGGAUGUGCCUAUCAGGGUUUUUUGCUGCCAAUUCUGUGGGUAACGAUGCGAUUCAAAAUUGAUUCUCGAUUCAAAAUCAAGAUUUUUUUUUAAAUAUUGGGUGCCAGUUCUAUGAUUAACUACAUUCCUCCAUAAAAUAGAUAAACAGCUCUGAUAAAUUUCUAUAUUACCUAAAAGAAAACUGGUUUUGUUUAAUAAAAUUGUACCCAAACAUUUAAUAAAGUGGCUGGACAGACAUAUUGAAAAUAAAAAAAAUAAAAAUUGAUCUUUAUUUAUUUAAAAAAAAAUUAAGUAUCGCUAUAAAUAAAAAUCCCCAUUUAUUCGAAAAACCUUUUUUUUUUUGACACCCCAAAUUUUUAUAGUGAGUGCUAUUGACAGUUUAACAACACAAACACAAUAUUUAAACUAUAGUUCCUCCUUAUAUUUUUUUACAUACUAUUGUUUGUGCAAAACAAAGUCAUUGGUACAAAAUAACUAAACAAUAGCAACUGUGUACCAGAACUGGGGAAUCUUUGGGCAGUUCACAAUUCGAUCUGAUUUAAAUUCUUGGGUUGACAAUUCGAUUCAGAGUUAAUUGUCCAAUUAACACGAUUCUCGAUUCAAACCGAUUCUCGCAAGGUAUUAUUUGGCAUAGUAAUUAUAAUAAAACAUUUUGAAAACAAUUACAGGUUACAAAACCUCCUUUUGUUUGCGGACGUAUGACGGACACACGCAGCAAGUGAACAAAAUAAAUGGAUAAAAAAAAAAAAAAUUCAUUUAGAAUCUGAAGGAAAAAAAAUCGUGAUUCGGAUAUGAUUUUUUUUUUUAAUUUAAUUGAAUUAUUUUGGGUUUUGGCCUUAAAGUCCUCCUGUGUCUAGAGAAUUAUUCAUGAACAACAACAACACAUUUUGACAAAAUAAAAAUAUUGACCCAAUCACUCUAGUAUAGAUCAUGUACUGAUACUACCCUUGGUAUCGACACCACCAAUUUAUGUCAAUCCGCCCCUUGUCAGCCGGGCGACUAAAAAUGAAUAGCCAGAGAGGAUCUGCAUUAAUCGGCAAUGGCGAUUACGUUCAUUUUUAUGAAAAUCGGCUGGUACUGAUCGGUCAUGGCCUUUCAAUCUGCACGUCCCUAAUACUGUUGCUUUUCUUUUUUCUUUGCAUUUCUUGUGGAAAACUACUUGGUGCAAUACUACUGUCACUGUAAUCAGUAACCUUUGGAGAAACGUAGAAGUGCCUUUUUGUGCUGUUUCAAUCAUACGCGGUUGUGGUAAAAGCAUCUAAAUAUACUUUGUCAUUUGUGCCUUGCUAUUAAUAAAGUGCCCUUUUUUUUGCUCGUU